UCUGCUCUCCACCUCAGCUUUAUCUUCCAUGUCCUUCGAUCGAUCACCGAUCCUAGCCCAUCAAAAAGCUGCCUUUCCUCCCUAAAUUCGUCUUGUUCAUCCUUUUCUUCUUCUCCUGGUUGCUUCGCGGUGAAAGCUCUCGCCUUUCUUCCUGACUUAGUUUCUGUGAUUACGAAAUGGCGCAGCAAGAACACCGUAUUUCUGAUGGCGAAGAGGAAGCAACGUUUCUUUCGCCUGGCCAUCAGCCAAACAUGACCGUCCCUUUCCUCCCAGAGUUUGAUCCCACUUCCCAGUUCGGGCGUAUUGCUGAAAACUCAUCCAUGUCGCCGUAUCAGUUAGAGGAUUUAAACCCACUGGCUUCCAGCGACGGCCCAAUGCCAUUGUUGUCGAGCCCUUUGCAGAGCGAUGCUUCCACUAGCUUUGACUCGCUGCCUUCUCUCGUCGCAUCCGAGGUGAAGCAAACGCCAUUGAGGCCGGAACUGAUGUUGCCGUUGCAGAAACCUGAGCUUCAGCCUCAGAUAAACCAGGUGGUGAAAUCUUCGCCAUUUGAUCUAUUUCCUGAAGCUGGCCUUCAGAUGGAAAUGGAGCUCCCUUCAAACCAAAGCCAUCAUGGCAUUAUGAAUCCCUUGCUCAGGGCAGAUCAGCAGAUUACGAUGGAUCAGUUUGUUGGCAUGAAUCAUCUAUCAUCCUUUCAAAUUGAUCCGGACCGAAAUCAAAUAGUCAUCUUUACUACAGAAUCCACUCAAAUUUCUCGUUCAAAUUGUGGCACAUUUGUGAUCAAUGAAUCUCAAGGGGAAAACACUGAUUGUUCAUC